AUGGCAGGUGGCAAAGGUGUCUCCACGUUCCCCUUGGUCCGGAUCUCGCCUCCACAUAUCAACGUUGACCUCUACGAUUCAUUCGAUGAGCUGCACCAACGUACGGUGGAUCAGAUACUCUCCGACGAGGCAAGCUUUGAGAACAGCUUUGACGAUUAUAGUGGUAGUGAUGGUAUCAAUGGAGAUGAUGACAUGGCGCAACGUGGGGGUGAACACACCUCGGCAUCUACCGCUACUACGCAAAUUGCAUAUGUGAACUCUCCUUAUUUCCCAAGUAAAAGGCGCUCGAAGACCCAGAAGGCGGCACAGAGACAUAUCAGUCGCAUGAACUCGAUUGACGAUGAAAACGAUAACGAGAGUGGUAUGAAUGUGGAUGGGCCUGAUGGACACACGAUCGUCGAUAAUGGCGAAACUCUGGAUGCCGCUUCCGAGGAGGAUAUCGUCUUCGCGUCUGUGGACCUAGACAAGAGGAUGAGACUUCUUACCUUCAUCAGCUCACACCCUUUCAUGAAAAAAGGCGAAUAUCCUGUGCUACGAUCUGCGCGACGGAAAUUCGUUCGUGAAAUACGUCGAGAGAGUCUAUCGCUUGGUAUGAAAGAGGCUGAUCUUGGAAAGCUUGUUACGUAUGUUAAGAAGAUCUACCUUGAGCUCUUUGGAAAUGGUCAGAUGAGUCUGGAUGGUUCUGGCUUUGGCGAGGAGAUCAAGGACGAGACUGGUACGCAAAAGAGUCGAUCAAGGUCGUCUAUCAAGGACAACAAGAGGAAGCGCAACACAGGCAAUGAUCAAGCAACAACGUCGAAACAGGAGGAAAAGAAGACUACAUCGAAGAAACGAAAGUCACUCGAGCCAGUCACCAACGGACACCGUAAUAAGCGUGAAGCCGUUGGUCUGGAUGCGAACCAUUCGACCGCGAAGCCUCCUUCGAGUCAUUUUCAAGUCAGCAGGGAAAGAACUACGAAUGUCGCUAAGGGCAUGCCUGAAAUUACCAUUGACCUAUGCCCGAGUGAUAACGAAAGUCCCGAGUUAUUCGCCAAGCAGGAUGCCCCGGUCAAAUCACCAUUGGUUGGACAGGCCUCGAAUGAGCACAACGAUGCGCAUAAAAAACUUCCAUCACCACCACAUUCCGAGGAAGAAUGCCAAAAAGGUUCCGCUAAGAGCAAGUCUACUCAAUCCGGGGAGGGGAUUCCAGAAACACUCCCAUCGCAGCAAACAUCAAUCAAAAGGUCCAUGACUCCCCACUUAUCUCCGCAAUCCCCAGGCCAGCACACUGUUGGUGAUUCAGAGGAGGAGGAGGAGAUUGGACCAUCCCAAUCUGCUUCGGCGAAAGAUGAAGUUACCUCGGCUACACAUACCAAGCAGCCUGAAGCUCUGGAAGGCGACAGAACCCAGCAUUCUGAUCGUGUGCUGUCCAAGAAAGAAAAGAAUAGAAGGAAGCGUGAUAAUCGCAAACAACGAAAGAAGAAACUUUUUCGCGCAAGCCUAACGAACACCGAACAUGUCGCGCUGUCAACGAGUGCAGAUGACGUUCAGCAAGGCUGUGCUGCUAAGGAAGCACCUCGAACGACGAAGCCUAAUGCAAAAGUGGUCGAUGAUCUUUCUAUUUCAACCACCAGCGAUGAGGUGAGGUCAAAGUAUUUCAUCGCUCCUCAGAAAUUGGAGAAAGGGAAGAUGCAUUGCGAAGAGAAAAGAUAUGAACCCUCAAAGAAUGUCCCUGAUCAGAUACCCGAAGAAACCCGAAUUCUCCUUGCUAAGCUGAAUCUUUCCUCAGACUUUCUUUCCACUGAUUCGGACUUGAGUGAUGUACCUAGCGGUUUCGAUGAUAUUCCAUUUGAUUACUCUCUCAGUGUCUCACCUAUAGAAGCACAGCGUGCAUCAGAGGCUGUAGAGCCAAGCACACCGACUAAAGCAAAAUCAACGGGGGGUGCUCCUGUGCUGCCUAGCCCACCACGUUUGAGGCCUCAGAAGAUAUCACCUUACUUUCCCAAACCUCUGGUCGACCCUGAUUCAUGUCUUCCGUUUCCGCCAAUCGAUGCGCCAUCAUUCGGCUUAGUACAGGAGCAACUUGCCCACGAUCCUUUCCGUCUAUUGAUUGCCACCAUCUUCUUGAACCGUACCCGUGGAGGCGUUGCGCUCCCAGUACUAUUCAAGGUUUUCGAUCGAUUCCCAACAGUGGAGGCGAUGGCAUCAACGGACACAAACACCCUGGCGUCUAUGAUACAUUGCCUCGGCUUCCAGAACCAGCGAGCGAAGAAGUGCAUUACGCUAGCCCAGACCUGGCUGGCCUUUCCACCUACGAAAGGAAAGCGCUACCGCAAACUUCACUACCCCUGCAAGGGAGAUGGACGUGAUAUCGGCCUGGAUGAAUCCAUUGCUGAUGAUGACGCUCGCGUGGGUUGGGAGAUUGCUCAUCUUCCUGGAGUCGGGCCCUAUUCUUUGGGCAGCUGGAGGAUAUUCUGCCGUGACGAACUACGGGGACUUGCCUCGAAUUGGAGAGGACAUGGGGCUUCCACGGCGCAUUUCAGUCCGGAAUGGAAAUCAGUGUUGCCGCAAGACAAAGAGCUACGGGCGUACUUGACGUGGAUGUGGUUAAAGGAGGGUUGGGUGUGGGAUAGGAACACUGGGGAGAGAACACCGGCGAGUGAACGAGUGAUGCGAGCAGCACGUCGAGGAGGGGUGGCUCAUGAAGAGGAUGGGAAUUGGGUCCUUGAGAUGUCGCCUGUGAAGAAGGCGUCGAAUGGAUUGAUAGCAUGGAGUUAG